AUGUGGUGGGUGGGCCUUGCACUGGUGGCGUCGCUGGUGGCGGUGUUCGCGGUGAUGUCGGUCACGAAGCAGCGAGAGCGAGAGCGAGAGAGACGGGCGGUGUCGGGGCCUCCCGUCCCAGGGGCCCAGCAGUGGGCAGGCAAGCGCGUGUGCGUUGUGGUCAACCCUAUCGGCGGGGCUGGCUACGGCAAGCGAGUCUUUCAGAGAGUGCUCAAGCCCAUGCUCACCAACGCCGGUGUUCUCGUUGACCUCAUAGAGACCGAGUACAAGGGCCACGCGCACCGCAUACUGGCCGAGGUGGACUUGACCAAGUACAGCGCCGUGCUCUCGGUUUCUGGAGACGGGAUGCUCCACGAAAUAGUGAAUGGCCUCUGGGAGAGGCACAGCACGUUCGACAGCCUCCCGCCGCUCGCCACCAUCCCAGCGGGUACAGGCAACGGUCUGUGCACGAGCUUCGGUGCCAGGGACCCGAUUGCUGCUACGGAGAUGUUCCUGCGUGGCAAGACACGCGGAUUGGACAUGAUGACCGUAACGUCCCUCGAUGAGACCAAGCAAGUGCGCCCUGACUCAGACCGCAAGCUCGCCCUCAUGUCCGUACAUUGGGGCUUGACUGCCGAUUUCGACACCCUGACGGAGCUGUCGUUCAGGAAGAUCGGCAACAUGCGGUUCCUCAUCACCAGCGUCAUUGUGCCUGGGCUCCUCAUCUACCGAGCCAAGUCGUACAAGGGCCGCCUGUCGUUCGUUCCCUACCGAAACGAACACACGGACGAGCGAGGCAACUACAACAAGAAGUAUGACGGGGUCAACCACGACAAGCAGCAGAAACGCGAGCAGAAGGCGCCCAGCGGCGAAGGCGAUCAAGACGGCGAGGAGCGGGUGGUGAUCGAGGACUAUUUCUUCACUCUCGUCGCCGCUACGGUCCCCUGGCUGGCUCACGACGCCUGCCUCGCGCCCAAAGCCGAGAUGACCGACGGCUACAUCGACCUGUUCAUCGUGCGAGGUUCGAAUCGAGGGGUCUACAACGAGAUCCAGGCCUUCCUCAACCUGGAUGGCGGGAAGAUCUGCGACCUGCCCUUCGUGGAGUACUUCAAGGUCAAGAAUUUUUUCGUCGAACCGUUGGACGACAGCGACUGCGGCUUCUAUUCGAUCGACGGCGAAUUGGUCAAGGCGCACCCGAUCAAGGUGGACGUACAGCCCAGCAUGGGUCGGUUUGUGUAUUAG